CCUGCCCCCACCCCGUGCCUGGAAUCUGCCCUGCCCAAGGCCAGACACGCCCCCAGGCAUCAUUUCCUCCCUGGCUUGGCCCCAAGUCACAGCUCCAGCCGGUUCUCAGCCAGGCCAGGCCCAGCCCAGCCCAGCUCCCCACACUCACCCGGAGAGAGCAGAAGGAUGUCCGAGGACAUGGGGAUGGUGGAUGGAGGCAAGAUGGCCCCCGGAGCCCCCCAGAAGACCCACAUCGAUGUCCACCUUCACCAGGAGUCAGCCCUGGCCAAGAUCCUGGAGUGUGGCUGGGGGCUGCUGCGGCCGGCCAAGGCCACCCCUGCAUCCAGGACUCGGGACCAGAGGCUGCUGGUGGUCUCCUGGGUGCUGCAGAUAGUGCUGGGGGUCCUGAGUGUGGUGUUGGGGGGAUUCCUGUAUCUCCACAGCUUCACCCUGCUGCGCUACACGGGAGCUGCCCUCUGGACCGGGAUCCUGGCCCUGCUGACUGGCGUGGUUACCUUCAUCCAUGACAAGAGGAGAGGAACCUGCUGGUGCCUCCUGAGGGCCCUGCUGGCCCUGACCACCUUCUCCAUGGCCAUCGCCGCCAUCACCAUCGGGGCUGACACUUUCCAAGACUUCCGCUACAGGUUCUAUGACACUUCCGUCUGCGACAUCAGCUCCAACUCAGACUCCAGGAGCUACUGGAACACAGACGCUCCCAGAACACCCAGCCCAGAACAGCAGCUCAGGCAGCAGCUCUGUCUGACCUACAUGUACUGGCUGAAGGCCCUGAUUAUGAGCAUCCAGUCUCUGCUGCUGAGUGUGUGGGUCCUGCUUCUCCUGGCCACCAUGACCCCCCUGGGUCUGUACUGCUGGGGAAAGUUCCGGCCAAAGGAGAAAACAGACCAGCAGACACCACUCCACGUAAGCGGAAUCUAGCCCAGCCUGAAAAGAAGACACAGACCUGGGAGGAGAGCCACUCCAGAGUCCCAGCAUCCAUCCCGCAGCCCUCAGCAGCAGCCCUCAGCACCAGCCGUCCUGCAGGCCUCACCCAAGGCUCACUCACCUUCGACACCCCCAAGCCUCAGCCUCCCUUCCUCCCAGGCCACCUGAACCCCCAGCACUGACAACAAUAAAUGCUCUUUGUAAGGCU